GUGUGCCGCUCAUCUGACCACAGCUGCUUUCGUCUCUCUUUCCCUCUUGUCGCUGGGAGGAACUUUGACCAGUAAAGCAUUCUUCCCAAUAUUUCUUAGUGGUUAGAUUUAGCUGCUGCUUUCUGUUGUAGUCAUAUUUGGCGAUUUACUAGAAAAGAGAUGUGGUUUAUUUAUUUACUUAGCUGGCUUUCUCUGGUGAUACAAAUCUCGUUCGUCACUCUAGCGAUAGCUGCUGGACUGUAUUACUUGGCAGAACUAAUAGAAGAGUACACAGUGGCAACCAGUCGAAUAAUUAAGUACAUGAUAUUGUUCUCCACAGGAGUGCUGGUAGGGCUCUACCUCUUCGAAGGCUUCCCCACUCUGAUGGUGGGCGUUGGCCUGUUCACCAACCUGGUGUACUUCGGCCUCCUACAGACGUUCCCUUACAUUUUGUUGACUUCGCCGAAUUUCAUCCUUUCUUGUGUGUUGGUGGUCUUGAACCACUAUAUGGCAUUCCAGUACUUUGCAGAAGAGUACUACCCUUUCUCUGAGGUGCUGGCCUACUUCACCAUCUGCCUGUGGAUCAUCCCCUUCUCUUUCUUUGUGUCCCUGUCUGCAGGGGAGAAUGUUCUUCCUUCUACUAUGCAGCAGGGAGAUGAUGUCGUGUCCAACUACUUUACCAAGGGGAAGCGGGGGAAACGUUCGGGAAUUCUGCUGGUCUUCUCCUUCCUGAAAGAGGCGGUGUUGCCAAGCCGACAGAAGAUGUACUGAGGAGCCCUGUGCAAGUGACUGGGGGAUGAAGGACGGGAGGGCGGUGGGAGAAGAGGGGAGGCUGAAGAGGUGACGGCACACGCAGCCACAUGCCGGCACGGAUGGAGGAGCCCCGGCUUCACUGGACCUGCUUUUCCAAAGGACUCCCCCACCCAGAGCCCUGGAAGGACUUCAUACAUUUACAGUGGACAUUUUUUUUAAGGACGGUUAAUGAAUUGUGCCUGUCUGCUUUGGAAGACUGAAAAGAGAUUAGAGAGUAAGAUUAUGAACGUUUCAGACGAGCUCAGGUUGGGUAUAAAUGCGAGGGUCUGGGAAGCUGGGCUGAAUCAGGCUUUCUGGGGCUAAACUUGUGUCCGUAUCUGUGCGCCUUCCAUCGUUACGCUUAGGAAUACACACUGUCCGGCUUGGGUAUUGACACACGUGGUGGCGUCUGAAGCCAUGAGUGCUUUUUGGGGGUCGGUGGGUAAAUCUGGAAAUAUGGGUGCAAAUAAGAGUUAGAACUAGGCAGGUAACUGGUUCUGUGGUGAGGAGGGUUUGGGCCCGGUGGUGCGGCUGAGCAGCGGUCAUGACACCAUGCUGCGCGGGGCUGCUAAGUGCAGGAGAGGGAGGUGUCGAGCCUCCUGUCAUCACUCACCUGGUAUUCUGGGUCACCGAAUCUACCACAUGCCAGGGCAAUGGCUGGCCGCCCCUUAGCAUGAUUCACCUGUGAUGUGACUGGCCCCUGCUGAAUGCCAUCUCACCCCUCUGCAGCUGUCCUCUGCCAGCCUCACGACGGCUCACCUACACACAGCCCCGGUGACUGUGACGUAUCUGGAGAGGGUGAUGUAGAGAGACAGGUCUGUCCUUGCACCUUCACCUACAGCAUCACUAAAGUGCUUUCAUCCUUUACCUAAGCAGCGCAGUAGGCUCAGUACAUUCAUGUCCCGUUUCCGCAAAUGGAGCCGUCGGUUAGCCAUUGUACAAGACGCCACAUCGAACCACUAUGAGAAUAAAUACCAGUUAAUGUUAAAAUGCAGAAUUACAACAGCACCCUCUGUAUGUACUCUGACAUGCAGUGCUAUAUCCAAAAAAGUUGUAAUUAAAAAGCUUUUGGAGCAUUUAUCCCAGAUGUUCCUUAUAUUGCCAACCCAAGCUAUCCAUCCCAUUCCAAGCUACCCGCAGGCUCUCACAGUAAAUUAUUCUGGUUUAAGCACAGUAAUAACCUGACAUUGUUCAUCCAAAAAGCUGUCUUUGUUCUGUUUUAAUAUACUGUAUAAUAAAUUAAUCUCCACUGUUCUGGGUUACAAAAUAGGAAUUUCAUUUUUUAAUUAAAUAGGUAUAUUUAAAUGGUCAGAAUCAUAUUUGUGCUAAUAUGUGUUUAGCUGCAUGUCACCCACCAUCAUGUCAUUGAUUCGGCAGUGACACCAUUUCAGUAGUGGCAGGGAGCCUCAGUUUUGUGCAUGGAUUUCCUUGGUCUUAGUGGGGUGUGGUGAGGCUCAGGCAGAGCAGAUCCGGAAGAUGGAUAAGGUUAAUGAGGAGUGGGCAUAUCAGAAAGGUAGUCACCUGGGAGUAGCACCCCCUGCUGAGUAUACCAGGGUAAUGCGGGCACUGGCUCCAUGCGAUUGUUACACAGGACAGAGCAUAGCCUCUGCCAUCGCUCUCCUUCCAUAGCUACACGCUGUCCCUUAAGUCAGUUUUGGGUAACGGCCCAAUUGGGUUGCAGCUCAAGUGCACCCCCUGCAGACUGCAGAUGCUGGUUUCGGAGACUGGAAGCCAUUAGUACCCACUUCUAAUCCCUCUGCUCACUGAGGUGCUGUCUAGGCUCCUGAAAAAUGUUGAAUUUCAACAACAUCAUAUGCAAAAACCAACAAAAUUUACACAGAUCAAGCCAUCAUCGAUAAUUACUAGAUAGCUAAACAAACAUCAAACAUGAUUUUGGCAAAUGUACCCCAGUUUGAUUUGAUUCUGGACACUGGUACCUGAGAUGUGCUGUCAGUGGGAGUUUAUAUUUUGCCAAUAUGAGGAGUGGAGAAGGAAAUUGUGAUGUAUCUGAAGGUCUAAUAAUCAUGGCGGUUUGUUUAUUGAAAUCUUAAGACUUAAUUUA